CUUAAACAAUAGGACAAAAACCAAGACCUCAAGCAAUCUUUUCAUCAAGUGUUUGAAAACUUAAGAUGUUUCCUUAUGCCUCACCCAGUAGAGAAUGCUUGGGAUACUUCCAUUUGUCAAGUUAAAGACAUUGCUGAAAAAUUCUUUGUUCAGAUGAAGGUUUUGUUAAAGAUUUUGUUUUCAUCAAAAAUAUCUGAAGUUACAAAGAUUGAUGGCGACGACGUUACAUGUGCAAGAUUACUUGAUUAUUUUCAGUUAUAUGAGAAGUCUAUCAAUAAAGUCAACUUUGAAAUUGCAUCGAAAUUUGAGCCAUGUCGGGAGUAUUUGCAUAUCGGUGGUGGCAACGACAGUGGCAGCAGUGGUAGAGGUGGCACAAGGGCAUCAGCGUCAGAAACAACAACAAUAGUGAAG